AUGGAGAGCGCGUUCGCGAAACCAGUUGGCGAUGUCCUCGCCAACUUCAACGUCAACGAGGCUACAGGCUUGAGCGACUCUCAGGUCACCGAGCUACGCAACAAAUAUGGGCGCAACUCUAUUCCUGAGGAGCCUCCUACUCCUCUGUGGGAGCUUAUCCUAGAGCAAUUCAAGGACCAGCUAGUUCUCAUCCUUCUUGGUUCCGCCGCUGUCUCUUUCGUUCUGGCACUUUUCGACGAUGAAGAGGGCUGGAGUGCUUUCGUUGACCCAGUUGUCAUUCUCACCAUUCUCAUUCUCAACGGUGUCGUCGGAGUCUCCCAGGAAAGCAGCGCCGAGAAGGCCAUCGCCGCCUUACAGGAAUACUCAGCAAACGAAGCAAAUGUGGUGCGAAAUGGUGGUCAUGUUUCACGAGUCAAGGCCGAAGAGCUAGUCCCCGGCGACAUUGUCACAGUCUCCAUUGGUGAUCGUAUUCCUGCCGAUUGUCGAGUCAUCUCCAUCGAAAGCAACAGUUUCUCUGUCGACCAGGCAGUUCUCACUGGAGAGAGCGAGAGCGUCGGCAAACGCGCCUCUACCGUUAUCGAAGAUGAGAAAGCCGUUCUACAGGACCAGACCAACAUGUUGUUCUCUGGAACAACUGUUGUAACAGGUCGCGCUCGGGCAAUUGUUGUUCUCACAGGCCCCAACACCGCUAUCGGAGAUAUCCACGAAAGCAUUACUGCCCAGAUCUCGGAACCCACGCCCCUGAAGCAGAAGCUCAACGACUUCGGCGACAGUCUAGCCAAGGUUAUCACUGUCAUUUGCAUCCUGGUUUGGCUCAUCAACAUUCCCAACUUCAAUGAUCCUAGCCACGGCAACUGGACCAAGGGCGCCAUUUACUACCUCAAGAUUGCCGUCUCCCUUGGUGUUGCUGCGAUUCCUGAGGGUCUGGCCGUUGUUAUCACUACCUGCUUGGCUCUUGGGACGAGAAAGAUGGCUGCUAAGAACGCUGUCGUCCGAAGCCUCCCUUCUGUUGAGACCCUUGGAAGCUGCAGCGUCAUCUGCUCUGACAAGACCGGUACUCUUACCACCAACCAGAUGAGCGUUAGCAAGGUUCUGCAUCUCAACGAAGACGGCAGUGGUCUCGAUGAGCUCGACGUUGAGGGCACUACCUUCGCACCCCGCGGAGCCAUCAAGUCAAACGGUGUUGUCGUUCAGGACCUCCCCAACUCUUCUGCUACCAUCCGCCAAAUGACACAGGUAGCUGCCAUUUGCAAUGACGCCCAGCUUGCCUAUGAUUCUCGAUCUGCCACCUUCUCCAGCAUUGGUGAACCAACUGAGGGUGCCCUUCGAGUUUUGGUUGAGAAGAUUGGACCUUGUGCCCCUACCGAUACCCGCCCUGAAGAUUGUGUUCAUUAUGCCAGCGCAGCCUACCAGAAGGAACUGCCUCGCCUGGCUACGUACGAGUUCUCCCGUGAUCGCAAGAGCAUGUCUGUCUUGGUUGGUAAGGGUAAUGAUAAGAAACUCCUGGUCAAGGGCGCUCCCGAAUCCGUGAUCGAUCGCUGCACACAAACUCUCGUUGGCUCCAAUGGCAAGAAGGUUGCACUCACCAAGAAGAUUGCAGACCGCCUGAUGAGCGAGAUUGUACGAUAUGGUAACAACGGUCUUCGAGUCAUCGCUCUCGCCAGCAUCGACAAGGUGGCCGAGAACCCGCUUCUGCACACUGCUUCUUCUACCGAACAAUAUGCCCAGCUUGAACAGAACAUGACUUUCCUUGGCCUCGUCUGCAUGCUUGAUCCUCCCAGAGAGGAGGUUCCUGGCGCUGUGCAGAAGUGCAAGGAUGCUGGUAUUCGUGUCAUCGUCAUCACUGGAGACAACCGCAACACCGCUGAAAGCAUUUGCCGCCAGAUCGGUGUUUUCGGUCAGCAUGAGGAUCUUACUGGAAAGAGCUACACCGGCCGCGAGUUUGACCAGUUGUCCCCUAGCGAGCAACUCGAAGCUGCUAAGCGUGCCUCUCUGUUCUCCCGCGUUGAACCCAGCCACAAAUCUCGACUGGUCGAUCUGCUUCAAUCUCUUGGCGAAGUUGUUGCUAUGACUGGCGAUGGUGUCAACGAUGCCCCUGCUCUGAAGAAGGCCGAUAUCGGUGUUGCGAUGGGCUCAGGAACUGAUGUCUCCAAGCUGGCUGCCGACAUGGUUCUUGCGGACAGCAACUUUGCCACUAUUGAGGUAGCCAUCGAGGAGGGUCGUUCCAUUUACAACAACACUCAGCAAUUCAUCCGGUAUCUGAUCUCGUCCAACAUUGGUGAGGUCGUCUCGAUUUUCCUGACGGCUGCUCUUGGUAUGCCCGAGGCUCUCGUUCCAGUUCAACUUCUUUGGGUCAACCUCGUCACCGAUGGUCUGCCUGCCACCGCUCUGUCUUUCAACCCCCCUGACCACGACAUCAUGAAGCGUCGUCCUCGCAAGAGAGAUGAAGCUCUGAUUGGCGGAUGGCUCUUCUUCCGCUAUCUCGUCAUUGGUACCUAUGUUGGUCUCGCUACGGUUGCUGGCUAUGCUUGGUGGUUCAUGUAUAACCCGGAGGGUCCCCAGAUCACUUUCCGCCAACUCACACGCUUCCACCACUGCUCAGCUGACUUCCCCGAAAUUGGCUGCUCCAUGUUCUCCAACGACAUGGCCAAGGCAGCUUCAACGGUCUCCUUGUCUAUCCUGGUUGUGAUUGAAAUGUUUAACGCCAUCAACGCGCUGUCAUCUAGCGAGUCUCUCCUCACUCUGCCCCUUUGGAAGAACAUGAUGCUCGUUUAUGCCAUCGCUCUGUCCAUGGCCUUGCAUUUUGCCCUCGUCUAUAUUCCCUUCCUCCAAGGCCUGUUCUCCAUUGUGCCCCUGAACGCUUUGGAAUGGAAGGCAGUUGUUGCCAUCAGCGCCCCUGUUGUACUUCUCGACGAGAUACUCAAGGCUGUUGAGCGACAGUUAUUCAUGCAGACAACAACUGACAUUUCCCUUAAGACAAAGAAGGAACAAUAG